UUGUUGUUUGAAAGAUCCAAAAAGGGGUGGGGAAUCUCCAAGGGGGGGGGGGGUCCUCUUUGGGGGAACCUUUCUCUCUCCUCCUCCUCCCCAUUAUUUGGGGGCAGGGACCCAGGCCGAACCUCCCCAGCCGGACCCAAAGGCGGAACCGUGGCACUCGGAGCGAUGAAACUCCCCGGAACAUGGAGACAGGGCAAGAUUCGGGAAGAAGACUGCGAUCCAUCAGCCGGCGGCUCUAUGACGAGAACGAGGAUCUCUCUGACGUGGAGGAGAUCGUCAGUGUCCGGGGAUUCAGCCUGGAGGAGAAGCUGAGGAGCUCCAGCUUCCGGGGACAGUUUGUGCGGGCCAUGGAGGGCAAAGAUUUCACAUUUGAGUAUGUGCAGCGAGAGGCCCUUCGUGUCCCCCUCAUCUUCAGAAAUAAGGCUGGACUGGGAAUUAAGAUGCCAGACCUGGAUUUCACAGUACGGGACGUCAAGCUACUUGUGGGGAGCCGUCGGAUCGUGGACGUGAUGGACGUCAAUACACAAAAAGGCACCGAGAUGAGCAUGUCUCAGUUUGUGCGCUACUACGAGACCCCCGAGGCCGAGCGCAAGAAGCUCUAUAACGUCAUCAGCCUGGAGUUCAGUCACACCAAGUUGGCCAACAUUGUCAAGCGUCCCAAUGUGGUGGACUUAGUCGAUUGGGUGGACAACAUGUGGCCUCCCCAUCUGAAGGAGAAACAGACGGAUGCCACCAAUGCUAUAGCAGAGAUGAAGUAUCCCAAAGUGAAAAAGUACUGUUUGAUGAGCGUAAAAGGAUGCUUCACUGACUUUCACAUUGAUUUCGGAGGCACAUCAGUUUGGUAUCACGUUUUCCGAGGCGGAAAAAUCUUCUGGUUGAUUCCUCCAACUUCACAGAACCUAGAACUCUAUGAGGAAUGGGUUCUCUCAGGGAAGCAGAGUGAUAUCUUUUUGGGCGACAGGGUGGAGCUAUGCCAAAGAAUUGAACUGAAGCAAGGGCACACCUUCUUCAUCCCUUCAGGGUGGAUCCAUGCUGUUUACACGCCAGUCGAUUCCCUGGUGUUUGGGGGCAACAUCCUGCAUAGCUUUAAUGUUCCCAUGCAGCUUCGCAUCUACGAGAUUGAGGACAGAACGAGGGUGCAGGCCAAGUUCCGCUACCCAUUCUACUAUGAGAUGUGUUGGUAUGUCCUAGAGAGGUACGUCUUUUGCGUGGCCCAGCGCUCCCACCUCAGCAAAGAGUACCAGAAAGAAUCAAUGUUCAUUGAUACAACAAGGAAACACAGCUUAGAUAGCUUCUCCUCAGAUUCCUGUGCAGACAUGGAUGACGAAUUGUGUGAUAUUCACACCCAGGAGAAGGAGGAGAGCCCAGAAAAAAACCCCAAGGCCUCUGUGGAUGGAGCGUCUUCUCCAAACAGCACGCAUUCAGAAGGGAGAGAAAUUCCUGGGAAGAAGCCGAAAGCAACAGCUGGUGGCCGGUGCCUCAAAAGGACUUUGUCUAAUGCUUCGGAUGAAAGCGUAAAGUCCACGCCAGCCGAUUAUCCCAAAACGCCCACCGGCUCCCCCGCAGCCGAGGUUUCAGCCAAAUGGACUCACUUGACAGAGUUUGAACUGAAGGGCUUGAAAGCCCUCGUUGAAAAACUGGAAUCCCUUCCAGAGAAUAAGAAAUGCGUUCCCGAAGGCAUAGAGGAUCCUCAGGCUCUUUUGGAAGAUAUGAAGAAUAUCCUGAAGGAGCAUGCAGACGACGAUCCACAUCUUGCAAUUUCUGGAGUCCCAGUGGUGUCCUGGCCUAAGAAAAAUGCAAAGAAUCGGUCCGUUGGGCGGCCCAAAGGCAAACUGGGGCCCAGCUCUGCUGUCAAACUCGCCGCAAACCGGACCACGGCUGGUGCCCGCCGGAGAAGAACACGAUGCCGCAAGUGCGAGGCCUGUCUGCGCACCGAGUGCGGCGAGUGCCACUUCUGCAAAGACAUGAAGAAGUUUGGCGGGCCAGGCCGCAUGAAGCAGUCCUGCAUUAUGCGGCAGUGCAUUGCGCCAGUACUGCCCCAUACGGCUGUGUGCCUGGUGUGUGGGGAAGCAGGGAAGGAAGACACGGCGGAGGAGGAGGGGGGCAAGUUUAAUCUCAUGCUUAUGGAAUGUUCCAUCUGCAACGAAAUCAUACACCCAGGAUGCCUUAAGGUGCGGGAAUCGGAUGGCGUGGUGAACGAAGAGCUGCCAAACUGCUGGGAAUGUCCAAAGUGCAACCAUGCGGGCAAAACGGGGAAAGUGUACAAGCAAAAGCGCGGGCCUGGGUUCAAGUAUGCGUCCAACCUCCCUGGCUCCCUUCUCAAAGAACAGAAGAUCAACCGGGAGAACAAGGAGGUGGUCCCGGAUCCCAGCAAGCGGAAAGGGGAGUGCGAGGAGCCCCCCCGGAAGAAAGUGGAUGACCGCUCCCCCAAGCCCUCUCUGGUGGACCCGCUGCUGCGGAGGAAGUCGGAAGAAGCUCACUUGCGGCGAAAGCGGAAAUUUGAAAAGCCUCCAGAACCAGCCCUGAGGAAGCGGAGGCGAUCCUGGAAGUCUCCAGAUGACCGGAGUGGCAUGGUCAAGCCCUCGCGGCGUUUCAAGCAGGAGCCUGAAGAUGACCUCCCUGAGGACCCUCCAAAAAGCAGAGACAGUGACCAGUCUCGUUCCAGCUCCCCGAUGGCCGGUCCCAGUUCAGAGGGGGCGGAAUCCCGUGAUAAGAAGAAGUUCAAGAUCCGUCGCAAGACUCGCCUCCCCAACAAGGAGCUCAGCAAGGAACUCAGCAAGGAACUCAACCAGGAGAUCCAAAAGACGGAGAACAGCCUGGCCCAGGAGAACCACCAGCCCAUCAAGUCCGAGCCGGAGAGCGAGAACGAGGAGCCCAAGCGCCUGCUUGGUCCGGAGCGGCCCCACCGCUUCAACAAGAACCUCAAUGGCACGCCUCGGGAGCUCCGGCACCAGCUCUCGCUCAACCUGCGCAGCAGCAACGUCAGCACCCCCCGGGCCCUCCCCCGGCCUCCCCCAUCCCUCUCGCCCCCCAAGUGCAUGCAGAUGGAGCGCCACGUUAUCCGCCCACCCCCCAUCAGCCCCCCACCAGACUCUCUCCCACUGGAUGACGGGGCAGCCCACGUAAUGCAGAGGGAAAUCUGGAUGGCUGUCUUCCGCUACCUCAGUCACAGCGAGCUGUGUCUCUGCAUGAGAGUGUGCAGGACCUGGAAUCGAUGGUGCUGUGAUAAAAGACUGUGGACCAAAAUAGACCUAAACCACUGCAAGUCCAUCACUCCCCUCAUGCUCAGUGGCAUUAUUCGGAGGCAGCCAGUCAGCCUCGAUUUGAGCUGGACAAACACGUCCAAGAAGCAGCUGAGCUGGCUCAUCAACCGACUCCCAGGCCUCCGAGAUUUGCUGUUGGCAGGAUGCUCAUGGAUUGCUGUGUCCGCUCUCUGCAGCUCCAGUUGCCCACUCCUCCGAAUGCUGGAUGCCCAGUGGGUGGAGGGCCUUAAAGAUGCCCAAAUGCGAGACCUUUUGUCCCCUCCAACUGACAACAGGCCUGGUCAAAUCGACAACCGGAGCAAACUGCGCAAUAUCACAGAAUUGCGCCUAUCGGGGCUGGAUAUCACCGAUGCGUCCUUGCGCCUGAUCAUCCGCCACAUGCCUCUCCUAUCCCGACUCAACCUCAGCUACUGCAACCACAUGACGGACCAGUCCAUCAACCUGCUCACAGCGGUGGGGACCCCUACGCGGGACUCCUUGACUGAGGUCAUCUUGCAAGGUACAUGGGGAUUAUGGGGCUUGGCAAACCUACCGCAAUCCCUUAGUCUGAACUAUCAGGGACGACAGCAGAAAUAUUAUUUAACAACACGUCUCGCUUUCAUAAGGUGAAUUAGGCUGUCAGCGCAGUCCCUAAUGUUGUCUUUAGUUUUUGGACAUCUUUCCCUCAUGUAUCCAGGAGCUAGAAUGCCCCUUUCUUGUUCCUUUUUGAGAGGCAAAACCUUUUAAAUUUAUUUUGAAAACCAAAAUAUUUUCAAGAAAGGGGUAUUCAGAGCACACUGUAGUAUUUGAACUGUUCUUUACAUAGUUCACCUUAGUCACAUCCUGCUUAGACUACUGUAACGAUCUCUACAUGGGGCUGCCUUUGAAGAUAGUUCAGAAGCUUCAGCUGGUUCAGAGAUCGGCAGCCAGGUUACUUACUGGAGCCCUGUAUGGCAGCUUCAUUGGCUAAAUACAAAGUGCUGGUCAUUACCAUUAAAGCCCUAAAUGGCUCGGCCCCAGGCUACUUGACUGACCGCAUCUCCUCCUACAAACCAGCUUGGGCACUGCAGUCAGUAGAGGAGGCCUUGCUCUCAGUCCCACCCCCAUCCCAAGUAUGGCCAGUGGGAAUGAGAGAGAGGGCCUUCUCCAUGGUUGCCCCCCACCUCUGGAAUCCCUCCCUAAAGAAAUAAAGCUGCCCCUCUCCUUUCCUUAAAAAACCAAAAACGACUCACCUUUGUGCACUAGCAUAUGGAAAAGAGGAGGAUUAGACAGUGUAAGAUCACUACCAGACCUCUGGUUGAGAAUUAUUUUGUAUCCGGGCUCUGCUAAUCCAUGUUAGCCCAGUUAUCAUCCCUGGCCACAAAACCAACUCUCACAAUGUUGUGAAUGAUAGUUGACUUCUGUAGAUCAAUGAAUUGUUUUAUGUUCAGAUAUUACAUCAUUAUAUAGUUUUUGUUUGAUUACAUUUGCUUUGAUCUAUUGAUGUUAGGUUCUAAAUGUUGUUGUGGGAUUUUUCGGGGGUUAUGAUGUUGGUACUUGUUUUAUGGAGGCAUUGAAUGUUUGCCACUGUAUGUUGGAAUCCGCCCUGAGUCCCUCUGGGGAGACAGGGUGGAAUAUAAAGUUUUAUUAUUGUUGUUGUUGUUAUGUAAAUACAUUGAAACUGUUUUUAGUGUAGGUUACAGUUUAAUUCUGCUUCUGUGUCGAUUUAGCACAGGGGUUCCCAAAGUACGGCCCGGGGGCCGGAUCCUCUCCCGCUCGGGGGCUGGGAAGGAAGAGGGAGGUGGAGGUGAGGUGGAGGCACGGACACUGU